AUGGAAUAUAAAACUUUGGAAAAAUCCAUCGUAAGGGAUAGCAAAGUUAGAAAUGUAUUCCAUAAAUCAUGUAAAAAGGAAUUAUUUUAUACAAAUCUCAAGGUCAAUAGUAGUGCCGAGGAAUUACUCAAAUCAUCUAAAUCCUUGUUUGCAUAUCCAACCAUGAUUGGUGGAGGAUCAUGUUUAUGUAUAAGUAAAUUAACUUCAUAUGGAAAAGCACCAGAUAAUGCGUUUCAUAUAAAGGCACAUCCAGACCCGAUAACAUGCUUUGAAUUCAGUCCAUUCAACGAACGAGUGUUGGCGACUGGCAGCAGAGACUGUUCGAUUAAAUUGUGGAGUUUGGGUGACGAGGAUGGCGAGGAUGUUAUUGCAAGCCGGCCGUUUAUACAGGACCCUUUGAUCACACUACCGCGUCAAUCAAAGAGGAUCACGGGUGUCUAUUUCCACCCGUCCGUCGACAGUCUGUUUGUGAGUGCGUCGGCCGAGUUUGCAGUCGAUUUGUGGGACCUUGGCAAGGGCGAGGCCAGUGUGCUGCAAAAGGCAACUGGCGCCACCGACAAUAUCCUCUCGCUGGCGUGGAACACUUGGUCAGGCGGAAACAUGUUUGCAACAUCGUCGCGUGACAAAAAGAUGCGGUUGUACGACCCGCGUCACUCGGGUCUACCUGUGCGCGAGGUUGUGACACAUGAGGGUGCGCAAGGGUUCAAGUUGGCGUGGGCCGACAGCGGCGGCAUCGACAUGCUGUGCACGGUCGGCGCCAACAAGAGUGCGCAACGCCAGCUGUUUUUGUGGGACCCGCGUCAGAUGGGCCAGGCACUCAACAUUGUCAACGUGACGACCGACUCGAGUGUGCUCACACCCUACUAUGACUUUGGCACCAAUAUCCUGUACUUGGGAGGCAAGGGAGACGUGUCGGAAGAAGAAGGUGGCAAGAACAAGCAAAAGGACAAGCUCGACCAAUUGGCUGGUGCACUCAAAGACAGCACUAUGAUUGGUGGGAAUACUGCCGCCGCCUCGGAGGGUGUGCUUGGGGAGGGUGGGUUCCUGACCGAAGGUGACAUCAAGCAAGAGAUUGAAGGAUGGUUGUUCAACACAUACCAUCCACGCUACCUCAAGAUUAUCAAGGAUCGUGUAUACUGUUUUUUAAAUGAAGAGGCUGCUCAAUCACUCUGGGACUUUUCAGUUGCCAAUAUCAAGUAUGUUGAUAUUUAUGACAACGAAACCACCGGCAGCAACAGUCCCAGCAACAAUGAAUGGUCACUACGUUUCAACAUCAUUCAUAAUAACCUCAAAGAGUACAAGAUGGAGUGUUCAUCGGUCGAGCACCGUGACGCUUGGAUCGCAUCAAUCAACGCACACCGAGAAAUGAAAAAAGAAGAAGAACAACAAAAAUUACAACAACAAGAACAACAAAAGAUUCAACAACAACAACAACUAUCCAAUACUGUCAACAAGGACCUAUCACCAACUUUGGCAGAUUUCCAUAUUGUCAAUCAGUCACCAACAGUACCAUCCCCAGCAUCCAUUUCAAAGGGUCAGUCUGAUCAAGGAUCAGGAGUAUUUGCAGUCCCCAAUCUACCAGCAUCAGCCACUACUCCAAGUGGAACAGGUACAAUUGGUAGAAAAUCACAUAGUUUAUUGGCAAGAAAUCCAUCGUAUACAUCACUUAAAUUGUCUGGUGGAAUGGCACCUCCUCCAUCAACUACUCCAACCAGCGAGUCAUCAUCAUCUAGUAGUUCAAGUUCAACCUUUUUAUCAACCAAUUCAGCAUUACCAGCAUUUGGAUCAGCUGCAUCAAUUCAAUUGGUUCAAAAUUCAAAUCAACCACAACCACCACAACAACAACAAUCAACCAAUAAUACGACGAAUACGUCAGGACAAACAAUAAUAAUUAAAUUGGGAGAUAUUAUAAUUGAAGGAUCAUUAUUUGAAUUGGUACCAGGAUUAAUUUGGAAUUCAAAUGUUGAGAAAUGGUAUAUAGUGUCGGAAGGAAUGCUGUACUCUUACAAAACCAAACAAUUGGCAAGAACAGGUGACCCUCUUGAAACGAUUCAUUUGGAAAAGGCAUUGUCUGUACACAAGACCAAAGAUAUAUUCAAGAUUCAAGGCUUUAGUUUCCAGUUGACUACACCUAAUCGUAUCAUCCAUCUUUUGGCAAAGAAUAAAGAUGAGAUGAAAUCUUGGAUAUCAGUACUCAGACAAAAUCUAAAGAGUUCAGGUGAGAGUAAGCCAACCACCUCCUCCAGCUCUACAUCAUCUUCAAGACCAAGUUCAUUAAAUAAUUCAUCUGGAAUGCCACCACUUCCUCCUGGUGCACUAAAGGAUCAACAACAAUUAGAUGGAGCUGAUCAACCAUUAAAUGACGACGGAGAAAACAAUCAAGGUGGUGAAGAAGAAGUUGAAGAAGAAGAGGAAAUGUUGGAAGGUAUGAUUUCAAGAAAGUUGAAUGGUAUCUUUUCAAUGUGGGGUAAUGUCUAUAUGAGCCUUUUGGCAGAAGACUUGUUCAUCUCUAAAAACAAGAUGGCAACCACCCCAGAGAUGCGUAUCCAACUAUCGUCAGUUUCACAGAUCAAGAAACUGUCACCAACUGAAUUCUCGCUCUUUGAUAGUGCUGGCGCGGUCGUAUGUAACUUUAGAACAUUGACACCCCCCACUGAAGAGUUUGAUGAUUGUCAACGUUGGUUUGAAGGUUUGGAAGCUGCCCGUAAACGAUCAAUCGAUGUCAUCAAAAUGUUUGGAUUGUCUGAAAGAGAUGAAUCAUUGGCAGGAUCAUUCUCAUCACCAAGUAGUAGUGCUAGCAACUUGUUGUCUUCAGAGACGGAUAAUGGGUUAGAUAGCAAGUAUUGGGAUUUGACAGCACUAAAGAAUGGAAAGUUAAAGAUGUUGAUUCAAAUCAAGGGCAAGAGAAAGAUCCGUGCCGUCAUGACCAAGUUGUCGCCAGAGUCACUCAACACUAACAAUUCGUUUGUUUUGGAUGCCGGCCCGCGUAUUUUCGUUUGGGCAGGUGCCAAGAGCUCGCGUGUUAACCGUGCCAAGGCACUGGAUUUGGCCAACCGUAUCAGACAAAAGGAGCGUGGUGGCAAGUCAACUUUGAUCCAGCUGGACGAGGGCCGUGAUGACAGCGACGACUUUUGGUUUAUUCUUGGGGGUCGUGACAAGUUUGUCAUGUCGGGUGCGACACGUAACGCCGUCACUCCAGAGGAGCAGGACAGCCAGUCUGUGCGUAUGGCCAUUUACCGUAUCGGUAUUGACUCAAAGAAGAACUCGUUGCGUGCACGUCUCGCCUGGGAGGGGUCUGACUGGCGUCUCCCCAACAAAGAGUUGUUGCACACCAAGUAUGUGUAUGUGGUCGAUUGUCCAACCGAGAUCUACGUCUGGAUCGGUAAAGAGUCGGCUGCCACACAGCGAAGAAUGGGGUCCAAGGUAGCACUUGCUCUGCUCGCGCAAAAGGACCGCGCUGACUGGGUGCGUGUCACACGUCUCACCGAGUUUGGUGAGAACAACCUGUUCAAGGAGAAGUUUGCCAACUAUCCAGGCAUGCUGCCUAUCAGCACGACCAAGCAAGAGACCAAGAGCCACAUUGCCACGACCAAGGCCGAGCACAAGCCCGAGGUACUCGUCGCCCGUCUCCAAGCAUCCGUCGACUAUGUCGGACGCGAGAAGAUCUUUACCGGCACGCUCACCGACGCCGUCGACCAGGUGUGCGAGGGUAACGGACACGUCAAGGUGUGGAAAAUCAACGACUUUGAAAAGAUCGAGCAUCCACUCGGCCUCUAUGGCCAGUUCUUUGCCGGCGACUCGUAUAUUGUGCUCUACACAUACAUGGUCAACAACAAAGAGGCACACGUCAUCUACUACUACCUCGGCCGUGACAGUACAAUCAACGAUAAGGGCACAUCGGCCUAUUUAACCGUCGAGUUACACGAGAGCCUCAGCGGUGCCUGCGUGCAAGUCCGUGUCGUCCAAAACAAAGAGAGUCGCAACUUUUUAAAUAUAUUCCGUGGCAAGAUGCUUGUUCAUACUGGCAAGUACUCGCAGUUUGAUCGUGCAGACACUGCAGUCUACGAGGUGCGUGGUAUCGACGCUGUUGACUCUCGAGCUGUCCAAGUUGACACGUCGGCCCGUGUACUCAACUCACAACACGUGUUUAUUGUGUCAAGUCCAGCAACAAAGACCGUCUACCAGUGGAAUGGUGCCAACUCUCUGCAAACUGAAAAGGAUGCAGCUGCCAGUAUCAUCCAAAAGCAGUUGUUCAAAGACAAAGACUACUCUGAUCAUCAAUUAAUAGUAGUUGAGCAGGGUAAUGAGAGUGAUGCAUUUUGGACGUGUCUAAAGUCAACUGCAGAGGUUGGAGUUACUCAAUACCACCGUGAUACCAACUCCUUGGCCAAUGCAGCAGCAGCUAGAUUAUUUGUAUGUUCCAACUCAUCAGGUAUCAAUGAGAUAUUGGAAGAGGGACCAUUCAAUCAGGAUGAUUUAGAGAUUGGUAAUGUUGGUAUUCUCGAUGCACGUCAUACUAUCUACUUGUGGCUUGGUACAAGAGCACCACAUAGAACCAAGAAAUGUGCAAUGGAGAGUGUCAUUGCAUUGUGUAAACAAUCUAAAUUGGGACAUACCGAACAAACGCCAAUCGUCAUUGUCGAGCCUUACCACGAACCACUCGAAUUCCGUAGUUACUUUAGAGCAUGGAUUAUCAAUGCCAGCAAGUAUCCAAAGAGUAAAUUACCCUUCUUGGAAAAGGCAGCCAUCCCAGUUCAAAGCGUACUCAAAGACUAUCUCAAAGAGAUCUACACCUAUGAAGAGUUGUUGGCCGACCCACUUCCAGCAGGUAUCGAUGGUUCCAAACUCGAGUGUUAUUUACCAGACGACGAAUUUGUUAAAAUCUUCCAAAUGUCAAGACAAGAGUGGGAAAAGAUUCCAGGUUGGAGACGUGAAAAUAUAAAGAGAUCUGUUUAUCUUUAUUAA